AUGUCAGAUUGGUGGUUCAUGACGGCAUGCGACAAGAGCUGCCUGAGAUCGAGAGCGGGAUGCGAAAGCAACCGCCCCAGAGCUAAUGGUAGCGAGUCCAUGGGUCAGCGGCAGGGGCGUCAACCGACGAAGCGUCGGCGUGACAGUGCCCCGGAUACAGGUCUGGGACGGGCUAUCCCUGGGAUGGGGGAGGUACAUGGACUGUACUCCCCUAAGAUACCGGACCUCGUGAACCCAAGCGAUCUUCCAACGGAAGCGCUCCGUGAGUUGGAUUAG